CAGCUUCCUGAGUAGCUGGGACUACAGAGCAUCCUCCGAUUCUUCCCCCACCUCAACCUGUUGCUAUGGAGACCACCAAUGGGACUGAGACCUGGUACGAGAGCCUGCACGCUGUGCUGAAGGCUCUAAAUGCCACCCUUCACGGCAACUUCCUCUGUCGGCUGGGGCCAGGGCCAGGGCCGGGGCCAGACAACCAGACUGAGGAGCGGCGGGCCAGCCUAUCUAGCCGUGACGACAACUCCUACAUGUACAUUCUCUUUGUCAUGUUCCUGUUUGCUGUCACUGUGGGCAGCCUCAUCCUAGGAUACACCCGCUCUCGCAAAGUGGACAAGCGUAGUGACCCCUAUCAUAUGUACAUCAAGAACCGUGUGUCUAUAAUCUAAUGUGAGGGGGCCGGGGAUGGUGGAAGAUCAAGACACCUGGGGAUCACUUCUGGAGCUCCAGAACUCAGCUAUGGACCACAACAGGCCUCAGUGUCUCUUUCUGUAAGACCAACAAGAAACAAUGCUAAGGGGAGGUCAUCACUAGGGUGGAAGGAGAGGGGCUGGCAGACCUGGGCUUUGUGGAGAAGGACUUUUCCCAGGCAAAGAUAGACUGUAUAAAUGGUAGCAGCCAUGAACAAACACAUAGAAGUAACAAAAGAACAUGACCAA